AUGACAUCUGGGAACAUGGUAUUAGGAACUGCCUUUCUGAUUCAGACAGUCACUGGAAUCCUAGCUAAUAUUGUGCUUCUGUUCCAUUAUCUCUUUCUCUGCUUCACUGGUUACAAGUUCAGGCCUACGGAUCUAAUAGCUAAGCACUUGACUGUUGCAAACACACUGAUCAUGCUCUCUAAAGGAAUCUCACAGACAGUACAAGCUUUUGGAAUACAGUAUUUCUCUCCAGGUAAUAGAUGCUCAUUUGUUUUGUACAUCUACAGAGUGGCCCGGGGUGUGUCAGUUAGUGCCACUUGUCUGCUGAGUGUCUUCCAGACCAUUAAGAUCAGCCCCAUAAACUCCAUUUGGCAGGAUCUUAAAGUUAAACUUCACAAGCAUAUUGGCUUCUGGACUUUCCUCAGCUGGAUUCUCCAUAUAUUAGUUAAUUGUAUUUUUCCAUUUUAUAAUCUCAUAAAAUAUAGCAGUAAAAAUAUCACAAAGAGAAAAGAUUUUGGGUACUGCUCUUCUGGACCUCAAGACAAAACUACAGAGUCAUUGUAUGCAGCAUUUGUGUUAUUCCCUGAAGUUUCAUGGUCUGGGCUCAUGAUCUGGUCCAGUGGCUCCAUGAUUUUCAUUUUGCACAGGCACAAGCAGCAGGUCCAGCACAUCCGCAGGACAAAUGAAUCCCACAAGUCAUCCCCGGAGUCCAGGGCCACACAAAGUGUCCUUGUCCUCGUGUGCACCUUUGUGUCUUUUUAUACCCUCUCCUCAUUCUUCUAUGUUUGUUUCAUCAAUUUCAGUGUACCUACUUGGUGGCUCAUAAACACCUCUGAUCUGAUUUCCACCUGGUUCCCCACUGUCAGCCCUUUCGUUCUAAUGAGUUGUAACUCCACUGCGGCCAGACUCUGGUUCAGAUUAUUAAAUUUUUUCAGAAGCAGGUAA